AUGGCAGUGUGUGUUGAUGAUAAUUUACUCACAGGGAAUGAUAAUUUUGUUGUGAAACAAAUCAAAUAUCAUUUGGAUGUUGUGUUCACCAUCAAAGAUCUGGGCAAACUUCAUUUUUUCUUAGGACUAGAAGUUGAUUAUACCAGCCAAGGAAUGAUCUUAACUCAACAGAAGAGCCUUAUAGGAAAGUUGAAUUUCCUUACCAAUACAAGGACAGACAUAUCCUUCACUGUGCAAACAUUAAGUCAGUUUAUACAAGAUCCUAGGACUACACAUUGGCAAGCUCUGCUCCAUACUCUGCAUUACAUAAACUCUACUUGUGGCCAAGGCAUUAUUUUGAAGGGAAGUGAUAAAGUGGUUUUACAAGCCUAUACUGACUCAGAUUGGGGAGCAUGCCCCAUCACAAGAAGAUCAGUAUUAGGUUAUUUGAUGAUGUUAGGAACUUCUAUACGCUGGAAUUCUAAGAAAUAG